AUGAAGGAAGCUGGUGGGCAAGCAUCCGCCUCCUUGAAGGAGCCGUCUUCUCCUUCUCCUUCCGAUCCCAAGCAGCAGUCUCUUCCAGUUGGAGAGUACGAGGUGUUCUUAAGUUUCAGAGGUCCAGACAUUCGCGAUUCCUUUGCCGAUUGGGUCUACAGAGGUCUGAUUCGUUCCAAAAUCCGCACUUUCAGAGACGAGGAAGAUUUGCGGAAGGGCGAAAAAAUGGAACCUUCUCUCGUCCGGGCUAUCGUGGAAACAAAGAUUUACGUCCCCAUCAUCUCCCCAACAUACGUUGACAGCAGAUGGUGCCUCCAAGAGCUUGCUAAGAUGGUGGAGUGUUGGAAGCAAGGGAAGGGACACGUCAUCCUUCCGAUCUUCUACUUUGUUGCUCCCAGUGAAGUGAAGAAACAGGAAAGUGACGGUUUCAAAUCGGCGUUUAAAUUGUACGGUGAGAAAUUUGACGCUGCGACCAUUGGGGAAUGGAAAGAAGCUCUCAAAGAAGUUGGGGAAAUGAAGGGUUGGCACGUGACAGAACUUGUUGGGUACGCAUGCCAUCUUUUCUACUUCAAUUUUGUUUUUUCCUUAUUUCUUGUGGAGUGA